CUCGCCUGUGACCAGACUGAGCAAGCAGCCGGAGAAAAGCGGCCACCAGAGCAACCCAAGCAGCUGAAAAUGCUCUGAGAGGACACGGCGAGUACAGGAAUGCGGCUGUGACCGAGGACCUGGAGUGCUGACACCCAGGAGAGGCAGCUCUGCUCUGCGUGGAUCCUUGGCCCAUGCCGAAAAUGCCCGAGGUCGGUGCCAGCGUCCUCCUGCUCCGCGCUUGCCUGGCGCUGCUGGCCUCGCCCAUCUACCUGCUGUCCUUCCUGGGCAUCUGGGAGCCCUUCUGCAGGAAGGUCUUUUUCCCUUUCAUCUUGGACAAGAUCUGCGUAGUUCACGACAAGAAAUCAAAGAAGCACAAGCAGGAGCUAUUCCGUAAUCUGCCUGACUUCAGGGGCCCCUCCGGGGCGCUGAGGCUGCUGGAGAUCGGCACCGGCAGCGGCUCCAACUUCCAGUUCUACCCACCGGGCUGCAAAGUCACCUGCACUGACAUCAACCCCAACUUCCAGGAGGGCCUGGCCAAGAACAUGAAGAAGAACCAGCACCUGCAGUACGAGGGGUUCCUGGUGGCGGCGGGAGAAGACCUGGGCCAGGUGCCCAGCGGCUCGGUGGAUGCCGUGGUUUGCACCCUGGUGCUGUGCUCCGUGCACAGCGUCAGCAGCACCCUCAGGGAAGUGCUGCGGGUGCUGCGGCCGGGAGGAGCUUUCUAUUUCUUGGAGCACGUGGCCGCUGAGCAUUCCAGCUGGAGGUAUUUUUGGCAGCAGGUCUGUUACCCGACUUGGAAACUCGUCUUUGCUGGAUGCUGCCUCACGAGAGAGCUGUGGAAGAAUCUGGAAGAGGCCAAGUUCUCAGAGCUGAAGAUUCAGCACAUCAGCGUGGCGAUGCCCUGGAUGCCCAUUGAGCCGCACAUCGUGGGGUAUGGGGUGAAGUAAACCCUGUCCUGCCCCUGUCCCCCAAAAUUCCUCAUGGUGACCAGCACACCCUGCACGGCACAGGCUCCUCCACAAGUGCCCGAAUCAGUAACACAGGGAAGGGCUUAAAUCAGAAACCAAACUGUCAGGUGAGAAGAGAGGGUCAGUUUUCUGGUGUUUCUGAAUCACACAAUCAACAAAGUUGGAAAAGUCCUUUAGGAUCACAGUCCAGCAGUUAACUCAGCACCAUGUUCACCACUAAACCAUGUCCCCAAGUGCCACAUGCACCUGUUUUUUGAACUCUUCCAGGGAUGGUGACUCCACCACUGCCCUGGGCAGCCUGUGCCAGGGCCUGACAGCCCUUUCUGUGAAGAAAUCUUUCCUUCUAUCUAAUUAAACAUCCCCCGAUAUAACUUGAGGCUGUUUUCCUCCUGAAGCCCUGGCCUUGCCUGGGCUGACCCUGCCUUGCUAGAGCCCAGUGCAGCCAGGGAGGAUCCCAGGACAACAAAAAACAGCCUGGGAAGCAGAAAAUAAACGUAUUAAUGGUAGGGGA